AUGGUGAAGAAAACACCAAAGCUGCCGGCACAGCAGCUGGCUAUUUUAGCGGUGGCCAGAUUUGCAGAGCCUUUGACUCUGACUUCAAUAUUUCCAUAUCUUCCAGAAAUGAUUGAAAGUUUUGGAGUAAGAAAGAAGGAGGUUGCGAAAUGGGCUGGAAUUACCUCGGCUGUCUUUUCACUCUCACAGUGUACGACUGCCAUAUUCUGGGGAAGAGCUUCUGAUAAAUUCGGAAGAAAAUCGACCAUUUUGACGGGCUUAACCUGCACAUUAUGUUGCACGUUACUCUUCGGUCUGUCCACUACUUUGCCUAUGGCAAUUGUCGCGAGAGCACUCACAGGAGCGAUGAACGGAAAUGUUGGUAUUAUACGUACGAUGGUCGCAGAGAUGGUUCCUGAAAAAGAGUUACAGCCAAGGGCAUUUUCAAUCAUGCCUCUCGUAUGGAGUCUGGGAUCAAUUUUUGGCCCUUCAUUUGGAGGAUUGUUCGCCAACCCAGCAACAAAUUAUCCAGGACUGUUUGGCGACAGCAAAUUCUUGAUAAAAUUUCCGUUCGCCUUACCAAAUAUCAUUGCCAGCUUAUUUUUUCUGGCGGGAAUUAUGACUGGUCUGUUAUUUCUAAGGGAAACGCUCGAAACAAAACGACACAAACGAGACUACGGCUUGGUCCUGGGUCAGAAACUGGUCACAUUUUUCAAAGCACUAUCUGGUGUCAAAUCAAAGCACAAGAGCUUCAGUCGUCGUUCUGCAGGCUUCGAAGAAAAUGCAUCCCUUCUUCGACCAACCUCCGCUGCGGGUUCAGACUCAUCACGUGCAUUUGAUGAGGGAUCUCGAAGUAAAGGAUCUGGAAAGCCUGUAGAAUCAAGACCCGCUCUUUCUGAAGUUUUCACAAGACAGAGUGUCAUCAAUGUCGCUGCUUAUACAUUUCUAGCACUUCAUUCGGUGGCAUAUGAUCAAUUGCUACCGGUGUUUAUGCACCAUACGAAGCAGAUCCCAGAUUCCACCAACACUCAUCUACCAUUCAAGUUUUCAGGCGGUUUUGGACUCGGCUCAGGUCGAAUCGGUACAAUAUUCACUCUCUAUGGUGUUCUUGGAGGACUGGUACAAUUCUUGAUCUUCCCACCUGUCGCCAGGAAAUUCGGAGUCCUGAGGUGCUUCAAAGCUUGUGCCAUAACAUAUCCAAUCGUCUAUUUCCUCACACCAUAUCUAGCAUUAAUAGUCUCAUCACCACUCCAACAAGCAGCAAUGUUCGGUAUCAUGAUAUUCAAAUGCAUAGCAGGAAUAUUCGCAUUUCCCUGUUCAGUCAUCCUCUUGACCAACAGUGCGACAAGUCUACGAAUUCUCGGUACACUAAACGGUGUUGCAGUCAGCGUGAGUGCCAUCGGAAGAGCCGCUGGUCCAGCAAUGGCAGGACCAGCAUUCACAUGGGGACUCGAGAAAGGAUACAUAAUCACACCCUGGUGGCUUCUGGCAAUAAUCUCCAUCUUCGGCGCCAUUCCCAUCUGGUACCUCAUCGAAAUGGAAGGAUUCAACAAAACCAAUGACUCCGACGACGAAGAGGAAGACCUGUUAGAUCCUAUCGACGAAGACGGCGAGAUCCUCGAAGGCGACGAAAUAAUAGACGAGUAUGAAGAAGCGCUCGAUAUCAUCGACGGACCUAGUCUGUCGCGUGUGAACUCGAGGAAGAGACACGAGGAGAGUGAGACGUCGCAUAGUUACAAGUCCUUUGAGACAAGGAUGAGCAGUCCGCUUGGGUUUCGGGAGGCAGUUGGACCGGGGGGUGGCAGGAGGUUAAGUAAUGGAUUGGCGGCUAGUAAUUUGGGGCAGGGGACUGGGGGGACGAGUUUUACUUAA